AUGCGACAUCACCAAGUUCAAUUCCACUGCUAUGCUGAUGACUCUCAGCUCUUCCUCUCCACCAAACCCACCACUCCCCUCCCUCCCACCUCCCUCAUCAGCUGCCUUCAAGACAUCCGGAGCUGGAUGAGCAUGAACCUCCUCAAACUCAACAGCAACAAGACAGAGGUCAUGCUCAUCGGCUCCAAAUCCACUCUCUUCAAGCAUCACCACAGAUGCAUGAAGACACUGAAAGAAAUGGAUCACCUCCAAUCGUCUGGCUUUGGUAGACCCCGGCCAAGACAUGGCCUUCAUCUCUUUCACUGGUUCGCCCACGACUACGUCAAAUUCAACAUAAAGGGUGAAAUGGUGACAGUGCGAAACCCCAAGAAGAAUGUGUUCGGCUUCCACCGCUUCUUCGACAACAUAGAGGAGCAUGAUGGCCAAUGUAACCAACUGCUACCAGACCAGGAUUUACCGUACUACGAAGUGGGCAAUCUGAAUAAACCAGGGUCUGAGAACCUACCGGAUUAUGUCAGCGAAAACCACACAGUACACAAUGAUGACAGCAACAUAGACCGGAUCAUCAUCAGCCUGCAGUCAGACCUGGUGUUGGACAGGAUCUACGUGACCCAACAUGAUCAUCGCAGAGGUGCUUUUGACCCCCAGCGCACAUAUCGCAUCAGUAAGGGGUUGAUCAGUAUCAUCCGUAAUCUGGAGCUGGAUGAACUCCUGGAGAAGACUGGAUACUCUUAA